AUGGCGCAAAAGGAGGCCGGCGUAGGAGCCACGAGCGGCGGCGGCAAGGCCAAGCCGCACGCGGUGGUGGUGGUGUACCCGCUGCAGGGCCAUGUCAUCCCCGUCACGCACCUCGCGCUGCGGCUGGCGGCGCGGGGCUUCGCCGUCACGGUCGUCAACACGGAGGCCGUGCACGACCAGACGGCGCGCGCUCUCGGCGUCGACCCGGCCGGCUACGACUUCUUCGCCGGCGCGCGCGCGUCGGGGAUGGACGUGCGCUACGAGCUUAUCAGCGACGGCCUCCCCGUGGGGUUCGACCGGUCGCUGCAUCACGACGAGUUCAUGGGCUCGCUGCUCCACGCGCACUCCGGCCACGUCGAGGAGGUGCUCGCCCGCGUCGUGGUCGACCCGGCCGCGACGUGCCUCGUCGCCGACACCUUCUUCGUGUGGCCGGCGACGCUGGCCAGCAAGUUCGGCAUCGCGUACGUGUCCUUCUGGACCGAGCCCGCGCUCAUCUUCAACCUCUACUACCACGUCCACCUGCUCACCAACAACGGCCACUUCGGUUGCAACGAGCCUCGGAAGGACACGAUCACCUACAUCCCUGGCGUGCCGGCGAUCGAGCCGCACGAGCUCAUGUCGUACCUCCAGGAGACGGACACCACCAGCGUGGUGCACCGCAUCAUCUUCAAGGCCUUCGACGAGGCGCGCGACGCCGACUACAUUCUCUGCAACACCGUGGAGGAGCUGGAGCCGUCCACCAUCGCCGCCCUCCGCGUCGAGAAACCCUUCUACGCCGUCGGCCCCAUCUUCCCCGCCGGCUUCGCCCGCAGCACCGUCGCCACCUCCAUGUGGGCCGAGUCCGACUGCUCCCACUGGCUGGACGAACAACCGCCGGGGUCCGUGCUCUACAUCUCCUUUGGCAGCUACGCGCACGUCACCAAGCAAGAGCUGCACGAGAUCGCUGGGGGAGUCCUGGCCAGCGGUACGAGGUUUCUGUGGGUGAUGCGGCCAGACAUCGUCAGCUCCGACGACCCGAACCCGCUGCCCGAGGGGUUCGUGGCCGCGUCCACCGGGCGUGGCCUGGUGGUGCCUUGGUGCUGCCAGGUGGAGGUGCUCUCGCACACCGCGCUGGGUGGCUUCCUCACGCACUGCGGGUGGAACUCUGUGCUGGAGAGUGUGUGGGCUGGAGUGCCCAUGCUCUGCUUCCCGCUGCUCACCGACCAAUUCACUAACCGGCGGCUCGUCGUGCGGGAGUGGCGCGUCGGCAUGCCCAUCGGGGACCGUGGCGCGGUGUUCGCGGAUGAGGUGAGGGCGAGGAUCGAGGGCAUCAUGUCUGGGAAAGAGGGUGAGAAGCUCCGGGAGGCGGUGAAGAAUGUGAGGGCGACACUCGAGGCCGCCACGACGCACGGUGGGUCAUCGCAGCAGAGCUUCGAUGAGUUUGUCGACGAGCUAACGCGCCGUUGCAGCGAACGUUAA